AUGGAGAAGAUUCAAGCCAACACGGCUAGUUUCCCAGUGGCCAAGACAAAGACUUCUGAAUGGAGUAUACUAGAUUCGGUGACCGGUGGCGUUUGCAACUAUGUUGAGCCUCUGACUCGGAAAAAGCAACGUCAAGCCUCCAACGGCGGUGGAAAUUGUUUGAUGUUUGCAGGUCCUACCGUCCUAGCUGUAGCUCGUCUGGCUCCCCCGCGCAAAGCUGUCUUUGAGACGCGCUUGCUGGGAAGUCUCGGACUCAGUGCAACGGUAACGCCGCAUGUUUUUGCCAGUCCCACGUGUGUUGGGUGGCGUUCACUGCGUUGGAAGCCCCCUAUCGUGGGGUUAAGUGCCAUUGACAGCGGCGAACGUUGGCUGAUCAGGGGAAACACAUCGUCAAGAUUCGGGACGAAAGACGAGAAGAGAGACCCAAGAGUUGACGAAGUGCGAACAUGGGACGGCAAGACCAAGACCUGGUUCCGAAUCAGCUUCCACGGCUGGAAUGGCAACUCAGAACCGAGAGCGAGCGCUUCUCCGCGCAAAGUAUGCUUGAUUAGAAGAAGCUCCCGUCAAGUCUCCGUCGCGGGCUUUGGCGCCAUUUGCGGGAAGCACCAUCGGCCUGCGAUUGCGUACGUAGUCCCUGGCUCCCUGCGGGGGGCCAAGGGAGUAUCAAUGGUUGGCAGGAUCCAUUAUGCAAGUAAGAAGAGGAAGAAAGAACGGAGCAGUCCCCCGAUAGCUAUACACCCUUGUCUUUGUGUCCUGUCGAGCAAGAAGGGAGUGGGUUUUGGCGGCGUUGACAGGGUACGAGAGCACGAGGGGAGGCCCAUGUGCUUGUCAAAGAUGUCGGCUGGCGAUGUUUUGCUGUUGGAUGGAGGAGUAUCGAUGUAUGGUAUCAUGGAGGAUGGAGGAGAGGAGGAUGAACUGUGGACAAUGGCAGAAAACAUCGCAAAGUGCCAAUGGCAAGAACCUCGCCUCCGAAACUUCCCCUGUCACCCAAUGAUCCACCCAUUCAGACUUCACUCCUUCUUCCCCUUCCCAAGAUCCCAAGAUCCCAAGUCUGAGUCUGUCCUGCCACCCCUUCACCCCUGCUUGGCCGCGCAAGCCUCAUCUCUGGAUGCUACCUCUUUUAGAGCCCACCAGCGUGGCCCCCCGCAAGGCUCACCGGCGCCAGGGGCUACCCUGAGCAGCCAUUUCGACGACGACGACGACGACCACAACCACGGACUGCAACUUCCUCCCAGCCCAAACCUCGUCCGCUCACUAGACCUACACAGUACUCCGUUCUCGCGGGAUUCAAUCCGCGGGUUGCCCAGUGUAACGACGACAUCGCCGCUUGCAGCAAACUUCACCUCAUCGACGGAACGACACUCUGCUAUCUUCCUUGAACCCACCAUCAUCCAACUUCAACCACGUCAGAAUAGCGAGAACAUGUCACCAUCAAGUAACAUCAUCUCGUCGAUAACACCGUACCGCCAUCCGGAGAUUCGCCGCCAUCGCCGGAUCUCCAUUUUUGUUCUCGCUCGCAUCAAAUUUCGCCUCUGCCCCUCUAUACCCCCCUUCGAGAUAACCUUCUUCCAGAGUUCAGCUCGACGGGUCAUCGAUCGCCGUUCGUUGUGUAUAUGCUUAAUCCUUAGACUCUCUGGAUUGCCUGCCGCCUCUUCGAGGUUCAUGCCGAACAUUCUCGCAAUCGAUCCACUGAUACGAUGGGAGUCCAUGGGCCAAUAUUUCAUCUGCCGAACCGAAUCACGUCCCAGCGACUCGGCGAAUACGGCCCAGACGCAAUACAUACGAUCACUUGCUUUCACCGCCGUUUCCCCUGGAUCGAAUACUAUGCUCUUGACUCCUGACACGCCCGCAACCCGUACACCUGCAGCAGACCAUCUAAGCAACCUCUUGGGUUUCUCCUCAAGUCCACAAACAAAAUUCCGUGUGCUCUCAUCACGGCCUUCGGCCACCAACAAGUCUUGGUCCGUGUGUUCCGGCCAUAACCAUCGACUUGGCGGAUUCUCGGUCUCGGGCCAUGAUCAGAGGGAGCGAGGCCUCGCGCUAGCAGCUGACCCAAGGAUCGGGCGGCUACGUAUCGACUGCCACCUUCAAUUUGCCACCGGCCUCGUCUCUUGCUUUGGUGCUUGGAUGGUACUUCGGUCUUGCCCCGCUAUCGUCGGUUGUCAAAGCUGGAUAGGCGAGUUUCUGGAGGACCCCUCCAUUUUCAUCCGCGUUUCUCACGAUAGCAACAUGCUGGCUACUGCUCCCAAACAAGGUUGGCUAUCCGGUGUGCCGAAAGGAAUAGACUUGUACAGCGCCCUCGGCCUGACGGGAUGGCGGGACCGCCCGCAAGAGCUCUUAGCAGGGGAUAUGAUGCAUCUUGAGCUGAGGGCUGCUCAAAUUCGACAUCGCGAUGGCCGAUCACCAAAGGCUGAAAGAUUUGGGGCGGUGUCGUCUUACACCACCCUUUCCCUACACCCCUCGCGUUCGUUCCCCCGGCGGAGACACGCAGGCGUCAGAACAAUUCUUGGAAAAACGCGUUUUCGGGGCGUGGCUCUUCAUCUAAGGCUAAGCGGGCCGAGUAGAUGCCCAUAUCAGUAUCUGUACGCCACACCUAUUGUUGUCCCCUGCCCGACAACGGCGUUAACAAGAAAGUCCAGGAACAGGAACAAGGGAGCCCACGUCUGGUUCGGUUCAUCGCGGCAGUGUCUGCAGCUGCGAAAACCAUUUCAAGCGGUCCAAUGGGGAUAUGUCGAUCAAGGGCUUCCGACAACGACGUCCGGAGCCUUGGGCAGAAAACCUGACGACUUCCAGCUCCUUGGAAAGUGGAAAUCGAAACCCACGUUGACACGCCUCGGUUCUAAGCACCAACUUAUCGGUUUCCUGUGUCCGCGUGACUAUCCGUACCUCUCACAGUCCGUCCUCAACGCAAGGCUGCAGCCUGGAUAG